AUGAACCACCACCACCUCCUCUCUCCAUCUCACCCUCCCACGCCGCUUGAGCCAUUAGUAUCACCGGCAAACUACAAAAAUCUAGCCAAUUUUGACACACAAUUUCCAUUGCUCGUUCCGGUGAUUCCGGCCACCAAUUUCUUCGAUUUAGGUAUAGGUCUUGACUGGCGAUUUGGAGAUUUUCUUGUCUCUGUAAUUUCUCUAGACACCCAUGCUUUGCUGGCUCGUGGGUACUGUUUGGGUGACCCUUUGGGUCCCAAAAUGAUUGCCAUGUCAUCCUAA